CAUUAUGGUAAUUUUCCUUACGAGUAUUGAUCCCUGGCAACAUUUUCACCCAGUGUGGGGAAGUACUAGGAAGUGAUCAGCAGUGAAUGACACAUCCUUAUUUCUUUUCAUGAUGCUGAGUGUUGCUUUUAGGUGGUCUGUGUGACAAGUUGGUCAAGAGGAGAGUAUCACUGAUGUGCACUUUUGUAGUGACCUUAUUUCAGGUGUAUUUAUAAAAGCAGAGUGAGUUUAAGACUGUGAUUGAGUGUAGUUCAAAAUGUAUCAAAAUGUUUAUUUGACUUGGAGAAAUAGAAAAAAAAUGUAAAAAUUUUAAUUUGAUAGAAAAAAAGAAGAAGCAGAAACUGUACAAACUUUAUUGUGGCUGGAUUAAGCUAUGGAGCAAAAGAUGUUGAAGUUCACAACUAAUCUUGUGAGAGGUGUGCAGAGGAAGAUUAGCAAGAGAAGGCUCAAGAAUGAGAUGGAACCAUUAGCAGCAGAGAAUGAAGACACAGCUAGUCAGAAAGGAUAUGGGACAUACAAUGAAGUCAUCAGCCCUAUGCCGGAAGAGCAAGAGGAAAAGGAGAAUGAAAAGCCAGCCAAGAAGAGUGUCCAGAAUACAGGUAUGCACCAGGACCUGGAUUCCAUAGAAGGCAUGAAGUCUUCACAAACUGCAGUCAAUGGGAUGAAUGGAGAAACACAGAAACCCAAGCUCACACGUCCAACUGAACUGAAUUUGUCCACAGAUGAUACCGAUUAUAGUAUUAAUGCCAUCCAUCAACCAAAAACGUCAUAUAUCAGAAGAGAAAGAAAACAGGUUCCGCCCAUAGUGAUAACAUCUAACUCUCAGAGUCCAGUGCUAGGUUCCCCAGAUUCUGAUGGUGAUAUUCUGGGCUUCAUCGACCAUGCUGAUCCUCUUCCAGAUUCUACAGAUUAUGCAAGAACGCAUACAUACUCAAAGGUCUUCCACAUCACAAAGUACUCCGAGCUCAUGCCUGGGGUCUUCAUUCCAGAGCAGCCAGUGCAUUUGAACAUCUGUAAUGUCCAACCAUCACACUCCCAUAUCAACAUCUUCAAUAAUCAUGUCUUAGUUAUAGAUUUGGAACAUGGAGAUUUUAAGUGGUCUGUUCAGAGAAAGGUGAAGAAUGUCACUUCGCUCAAUAACAUGCUCUUCCUUCUAAGAACAAAGUUAAAGCUACCAGCUGCAACAAGAGGAGCAAGGCAGCGGAGAUUGAGCAUGCGAGUACAGAUGAAAGAGGCAGAUAGAGAGGGUGAUGCUGUUGAGACCGUUGGUACAAUCAACAGAAAGAGAUUACUCAAGUAUCCCCGACGGGCCCUUCAAACCAUGGACAGCACUGCGCAGUCAGAGUUGGAGGUGUACCUCAAGAAUCUGAUGCACCAUUCAUUGUUCCGCAGCCAUCAAGCAGUCCUUGAAUUUUUUGAGAUUUCGCCAGUAUCCUUUGUUAGUGAACUUGGCCAGAAGAUCAAGGAAGGAUAUGUUAAGAAAAGAAUUGGGGGCUACAAUGGUGGAUGCUGUAGGUGGUGCACAAGUCCAUGCACAGGAAAGUACAAGCAACGUUGGCUGGUCCUGAAAGAGACCUGCCUUUUCUUUCUGGCUCCAGAGACCGGGGAAGUGAGAGCUGUCAUGUUAAUGGAUACAGGUUUCCAAGUCUCGCGUGGUUACAGGCUCUUAGGCGUGCGUAAUGGUCUCCUGAUUUCAAAUCUGACACGGUCAUUAGUUCUAAAAUGUGACUCAGAAUUCAGCAAAAAAGAAUGGUAUGCUCACAUUACAAACACACAGCGUAAAUAUGGUACAGAUUUUACUAGUCAAGACACAAGGUACAAUGCUUUUGCGCCUGUUCGAAGUAAUUCUUAUGCAUGCUGGUAUGUAGAUGGUGCACGUUAUAUGUGGGACGUUGCUGACAUCCUUGAGUCUGCAAAGGAAGAGAUUUUCAUCACAGAUUGGUGGAUGAGUCCUGAGAUUUAUCUCAAACGUCCAGACCUGACAGGAAACCAGUGGAGACUGGCGGAAGUAUUGAAACGUCAGGCAGAACGUGGAGUAAGGAUCUUCAUCCUCUUGUACAAGGAAGUUGAGUUGGCUUUGGGAAUCAGUUCCAUUCUCACCAAGGCAACAAUCAGUAGUUUGCACCCUAACAUAAAGGUUUUACGUCACCCAGAUCACUAUGCAGGAGGGGUGCUGUAUUGGGCCCACCAUGAGAAGAUGGUUAUUGUGGACCAGAUGUAUGCGUUCAUUAGUGGCAUUGAUCUGGCAUUUGGUCGAUGGGAUGACUACAGGCACAAACUUGUUGACGUUGGUCAUGCUGGUGUUCAGAUGUCCUCCCGACCAACAGCACUGGGGUCGGCAUUGCAGCAGCUUGUGCGAGGGACAAAUGAUGUGUUGGUCAAUACAAUGACACGGUCAACACCUAGUAGCCGAAGGACUUCUCUGGAUGUUUCCUUUUCUCUUGACCAAACCCAAAGUACUACUGCAAGCUCUCUUUUCCUUAAUCCCAGUGAUUGUUCACCGACUGUGCCAAAUUCAGAGCUGAUAGAUAAUGAAACCAACACACUAAGCCAAGCGAACAGUCCAGUAAAGGGCCCAAUGACAGGUACCUCUGUCACAAGAAAAGAACUUGAUGGCGAAUGGGACAAGACUCUUGAAACUGAAAAAGAUUCGGGGAAUGAAUCCAACACUGGCAGAUCAAUAACCCUUGAGAGAAAAGUAGAGAACAUACCCCUACAGUCAGCAGAUACAAACAAGCAUCACAAAAGAGGAGGCAGUGAUGGAACCACAGAUGGAGAAACCCUCUCCAACAGCGAGGGGGAGCACAGCACAGGCAAAGUGGGGAAAAGUAUAAGGGAAGUGAAGAGAAUAGGCCUUGACUUGGUGGAGGAAGUGAAGGAGAAAGGAAGAGGGGUGCGUGCUUGGACGGCUAACAAGAUUCCACAGCUGCAACGGAAAAACCUUUCUGAUUUGGAAAAUACUGACAGCUCCUCGUCUAGUGAUGGAGAGAAGGAAGAGCCAAAGAAAAGUUUCUACAAACGUCAUCGUCACAGACUAGGCUACAAGAACAGACUGGGCAGUUGUUCAUCUUUAGCCCAGGCAAACAGUGCUCUUACUGUAGAAGACACAACUUCUGUUCACCUUUGGGUUGGUAAAGAUUAUGUCAAUUGGAUAAGCAAAGAUUUGAAUAACCUGGAUAAACCAUUUCAAGAUAUUGUUGAUAGGCAUCAGACACCACGCAUGCCUUGGCACGACAUAGGUCUCUUUGUGGAGGGACCUGCCGCUCGAGAUGCUGCUAGGCACUUUAUUCAGAGGUGGAAUGCUGUAAAAACAGAGAAGGCAAAGCCAAAUAGGAAGUACCCUUACCUCCUUCCAAGAACCUAUGAUAAAAGAUCAUUCCAACCAUCCAAGCUUCAAAGAAAACAUAAAGUCAGCGCUCAGGUUUUGCGCAGCGUUGGGAAAUGGAGUGCUGGGUUAGAAGAGGAAGAGGCUAGCAUUGCUUCUGCUUAUGUCAGCCUUAUUCGUAAUGCAAAACAUUACAUUUACAUAGAAAAUCAGUUUUUCAUUACAUGUGCAAGCAGUAAUGGCUCAAGAGAUGUGUCAAAUUAUAUUGGGCAUGAAAUUGUGGAAAGAAUUGUCCAAGCUCACAGCAAUAAUGAGGUCUUCAGGGUGUUUGUCCUGCUUCCACUUUUGCCGGCUUUUGAAGGCAUGAUUGGCAAGUCAAGUGGUGUAGCUAUGCAGUAUAUUGUGUAUUGGAACUAUGUCAGCAUCUCAAGAGGAAGGAACAGCUUGAUUCACUGCCUGAAGGAAAGAGGAGUUGAUAACUGGGAGAAAUAUAUAUCAUUCUGUUCCCUGCGGACACAUGAAUGCCUGGAGGGUCGACUCGUCUCAGAACUUAUAUACAUCCAUUCAAAGCUGAUGAUUGUGGAUGACCGCUUUGUCAUUGCUGGUUCGGCUAAUAUCAAUGACCGAAGUCUUAAGGGAAACAGGGACUCUGAAGUGUGUCUGGUCCUGGAGGACCAUGAGUUUGAGGAAGGCAUCAUGAAUGGACAGAGCUACGAGUGUGGAAUUUUUGCCGGAAGCAUGAGAAAGUACCUCUUCAGUGAACAUCUUGGUAUUGCAGAUGAUGAGUCACCUGUCAUAGAUGUCACAGACCCUGUUUCAGAUUCCUUCUUUAUCAACAUUUGGUGUGACAUAGCAAAGAAAAACACACUUAUAUAUGAGGAGGUCUUUUCAUGUUAUCCCUGUAAUAGCGCCACUACUUUUGAAGAAGUAGACAGAUUGCGCAACUCAACAUCAAAAGCAGAGUUGAAUCCUUCUGAAGCUCUUGUGAAAGUGAAGGAAAUCCAGGGACACCUGGUGUGCUUUCCCUUAGAUUUCCUGAAAGAUGAGAUUCUAAAACCAGGUGUAGGUAAUAAAGAGUAUCUUUUGCCCAUGGAAACCUGGACGUAGGUUUGAAUGUUGUUAACAAGAUAAAUUAUAUUAUCUAAAGGAUUCAGACUCUGUUGUCAAUAAUAGAAAUAUAUUACCUUUUACAUUUCUGAAAAGAUAGAGUGAGUGGCACGAGGUCUUUUACAUGUAUUAUUCAGUUCUUUUGCAUGUUAAUGUGAAUUUAAUUAUUUAUAAAUUGACUGGUUCACUAAGAUAUUUUAGUAUUAUUGAUAUAAAGGCAGUCUAGUAAAUAUGUGAUUAUAGUUUAUUGAGAUUGGUAUAUUGUCUUUGACUGUUUAGAAAAGGUAGCCUAAUAUUUCAGUGAUUUAUAUUAAAGUUAUAUACGUAUUUUUUAUAUGUUUCUAUUUUUAUAUGUGCAUAUGUGUGUGUGUUUGAUUGUAGUGUCUGAAUCUAAAUGCUUUAGUACAUAUGUGUGUGAAUGUUUUUCAUUUACAUGCAAGUGGUCUGAGUGUAGUAUUUAUAUAUCAAAUGAUUUUACUAAUUGAUUGAGCUUUUAUUAAUUUCAUGUUACAGUUUUAAUGAUGUGCAUAUGAUCAUGAUUACAGUGAACUAAAUGAAGAUAUGAUAAAGAGUAACUUUUAGUUUGGAUAUCCAAAGAUAUUGCAUAGAGAUUUGUGAAUAAUCCAUGAAGACAUUGUUUAGAUUAAUUGAUUUUUUAAUGCUGCUAGUGUUUAUAUAAGUGUAGGACGUAUAAGAAGCUAUGGAGUAGUCAGCAUGAUAUAUAAGUUAAUUUCCUUAUAUUCAUUCAAAAUAACAUUUUCACAUAGCAUAUACGCAUAUCAGAUAAACAUAACAUAUACACAUAUGAUAUACACACAACAUAUACGCAUAUCAUGUACACACAAAUACUUAUAUACACACAUACAUACAUACCAUAUAGACACAUGCAUAUGUAUAGGGACUUGGAGAGCCAGCCAGGGCCCCAGGAUAAAUCAUGGGUUGGAGAUCAAUUCUUUUCUUUUUCUAAUCAGUUUUUACUUAUGAUAAUGAUUAUGAUGUUAAUUUCAGUAACUUAAUGCUUUCUUAAUGUCAAAAUCAGUGAGGACGUUGCUGAAGUCUAUUUUUCUAGCAGCUUCAUUUUCAAUGCAUAAAAUUGCCAGAUCUGUCAGCCUCCCUUCUGUCAAGUCAAGAAGUUAAUAUCAAGGAAGAAAGACAAUUGUGGGCCCACUACCAUGAAAUUAAAACAAAUUUUGUAUUUCUCACUGCUAGAUCGAAGAAUUAUUUUAUUGUUUCAGUCAGUUGUUUGCACAAGGCAAAUAUUCAGCGAAAUAAUGCAUAGAAACAACAAAUUUUGUCUGGCCCCUGGAGUAUUGCUCUUUUUACACCCAUCUUGACACUAUUACCUAUGCACAUAUAUAUAUAUAUAUAUAUAUAUAUAUAUAUAUAUAUAUAUAUAUAUAUAUAUAUAUAUAUAUAUAUGUAUAUAUGUAUACACAUAUAUACAUAAAUGACAUGUAUUCAUAUAUGUUUUUAUGAGUAUGUAUCUAAACAAGUUUUAUUUAUAUCAGAAUGAUAUGCAUUUAUUGAAUGCAGAUGUAUAUAUUUUAGAUAAUUUGUUAUAUAUCAUGUGUAUUUGUUAAAAAAGUAUUACAGAUAUUAACCCAAAGACACCAGAGGUGGCAUGUAUGUACACGCCAUACCCACUGUGGGUUUGAUUUAUUAAUUGUUUUUUCACGUAGAUGGCUCCAGAAGUACGAAGCCACCAAUGAGCCAAUUACAAGUACUACCUAGCUCACCUGUUUACCCUAGUCCUUGCUUUUCAAAAAAAAAUUCUGGUAUCUAAUAUUGCUCCUAUUAAUAUCAGUAACAUUAUGAUAAUUAUAAUAUCUACAAUGAAAAUCAAAGCAUGGAUAUUGAUAGCAUUAGUAAAAAGAAUUGUUUUUUCCUGCAAACUCAAAGAAAGGUGAAAUCAUGUGAGUCCUUUUAAGCUAAGCAUUUGCAGAGCCAUCUAUGUGCAGAGACAUUUCACAAAACAGUACUACAGGAAACACAACGCUUUCCUGGAGACAAUGGGUUAAAUAUGGUAUUGUAUUGGGCAGCACCAGCAGUUUUGCGGGUUAAGUCCUUUUUCACUUGAAGAUGUUGUAGAAAUUUGCAUUGGUAGCAGUUUCUCAACAUCAAGAUGUUUUGUAUAUUUUAAUGGGCAAAUAUGAUGUGUAUGUUUUAAACUGGAAUAAGCAUAUAUUAUAUAUAUUUUUCUGGGUCUUUUGUUAUUCUGGACUGAUUUGCAGCACUUCAUAUGAUAUAAGAAGUAUACCAUAGUAUCACCAUUUAAAAUAUGUUUUCAUUCACAUCUUCAGUUUAUUGUUUUGAUAAACUAUUUGCUUUGUGCCAAGUCAUCGAAGUACCAUUUGUCUAUUGCAGUCCAUAAAGGAGACAGUACAAAUAAUAGAAUUUUCACCAUUUCAACUCUACUUUUUGACUAUAAUUGCAAGAGUAUAUAUGAAUAUUGGAAAAAUUAUCAGAAGAGGGUUUUGGGCUUUGCUAUCACCUGCAAAGAGUAAUAGUGAGUCAUAAGAUUAUUUGUUGGUAGAUAUGUUGUAUAUAAUAGAGUAUAAUGAUUUCAAAUUUCUGAAAGUGCUGUGUUGUUUGUUUAUGAUCUCGAGAAGCAUAUAUGUCAAGGGCUUAAGAAUGUAGUUAUUACUAAUCUGCAUUUAAUGUUAUGCAGGAAGAAUAUUUUUCCUUGUUGAUGCCUGGGUUUAUGAUAUCUUUUAAUAAUUUGGAUUUUAGGAAGGUGAAUAGUUGGUGGAAGUUAUUUUUAAUAUGUUAGGCUGUGCAUUUUGUUGAUUAUAUCCAAAUUUGGUACUGAGAGUGAUAUUGUGAAGGACAUUUUUUUUUUUUUUUUCCUGGUGUAGGUUUAUAUGAAAAAAAUAUAUAUCUAGUCUGAUUUCCUUUUCCAUUGCUUAGUCUCCAACAUCACCUUCAAGUGAAUAAUUUAAGGUCUUUAAUAUAAUUUUGCAUUUAAUGUCAUCUGAAAUGUGCACAGUUAAAAUCAUAAAGCUGAACAUUUGUACCAUGGUUUGCCUUUUGGAAAUAACUGGUUGUGAAAGUGAAUUUUUGGUGUGGAUGAUGUUGGUGCUAUGAAUAGGUUUUGAUAGUUAUCUCUGUUAUUUACUAGGAUCAUUCAUAAGUUAAAGUUUCUUUUUCAUGUUAAAGGGUGGUUUCUAAUUCUGGCUGAAACUACUAAAAAUGUAGCGUUCUGGUGUGGAAGACCACAUAUAAUUGAAGAGUUAGGCACUGUUUCUGUAUUUUGGACUUGAUUUCAAUACCUGUUUUAUAUAAUGGUUCAGAAAUAAAAAUGAUAGUAAGAACAGUUAUGCUGCUUUUAAACUGCAAAAUGCUGUAAUUUUCAAAAAUAAAUACACUUACACUUACACUCACACUCACACUCACACUCACACUCACACUCACACUCACACUCACACUCACACUCACACUCACACACUCACACUCACACUAUAGGAGUUAAAAGAAUGGCAUAUAGUAAAGGUCUGGUUACAAUUUCAAAUAAGUGUCUUUACACACACAAAAAUGAAAAAUUUGUUUUAAUAGAGUGUUAGAGAAUUCUUUUUUUUUUAUAAUGAAAUGUGUUUGUGUUGUCAUGUGCCUGUGCUUAUAUUUCAUUUAUUUAUGUAUUUAUAUAUUUAAUGGUAGUCCUUUUCUUUUAUUUUCAUUAAUUGCAAAGAGAUUGUGCACAUAGAAGUUGAUAUUUUUGUGGGAUUCUUUUAUUGUAUUUUCUUAAUCUUUUGCUAUUUUCAAUGUUUUAUUACUGGUUUAUAUCUUUAGAAUUAUAAUUGACUGUGUUUUAUUGUUUGAACUUAGUGAUAUUAUGUUAAUAGAGUUUUUGUUUGUCUUAUAUGUACUGUACACAUUUUUAUUAUACAGCAGCUUUUCACUUAAAAAGAAUUUCUUAAGUAUCUAUUUCAUGGUUGUCUUGUAUGCUCUCUCAAAAGUGUCCUUCCAAAGAUAUUUAUGUUUUAAUUUAUCAUUAUCACUAUGUUGAUUGGUAGAUGAGUUAAUUCAUUUAUUGUUAGUUGAGUUUAUGCUUUAUACUGUAUAAAAUGAUUGAUUUGAAUAUUAAGCAUUUCCAAUUACAGUUUGUUGGUAUAUAGAUGAAAAUAAAUAAGUCUGUGAAAAAAUAA